AUGGAGGACCACCAUUGCGGAGACUCUCUCUUCCCAACCUCCACCCUCAUUCCUGUCACCACCAUUUGCAUCCUGCUCUUCGUCGUCUGUAUAACCGGCAACACCAUGACCAUCCUCAUUAUCCAGCGCUUCAAGGACAUGAAGACCACCACCAACCUGUAUCUCUCCAGCAUGGCCAUCUCAGACCUGGUCAUCUUCCUUAGCCUCCCCUUCGACCUCUACCGCCUCUGGAAGCACGUACCCUGGGUCUUCGGGGAGCUGAUGUGCCGUCUAUCACACUACAUCAAUGAAGGAUGCACCAAUGCCACCAUCCUCCACAUCACAGUGCUCAGCAUGGAGCGUUACCUGGCCAUCUGCUUCCCUUUCAAAGCCAAGGCUGCCAUCACCAAGCGAAGGGUCAAGUAUGUCAUUCUGACUCUGUGGGGUAUUGCCCUACUGUCCGCUGCGCCAGUGUUCUUCCUGAUGGGUGUGGAGUACGAGAACGAGACGAUGCCUGACCUUCAAACACAAGCUCUUACCAGGAACUUUCCCCAAACAUCCAGAUAUGAAGUACUUUUUUCUGUUGUUGUGUCGGUCUUUGCCAUCUGCUGGCUUCCUUAUCACAUCAGUCGGUUCCUCUUCACACACAUGGAUGACUACCACUCCGCCCGCCUCAGUCAGAACUUCAACGUGGCCUCUAUGGUGCUCUUCUACCUGAGCGCCUCAAUUAACCCCGUCCUCUACAACCUCAUGUCCAACAAGUACCGCUCCACCGUCAAACGCCUCUUCCUGUUGCCCCAUAGGCGCCACCACGGGCCAAACCGGAGGCAUAUCUCGACCCGUGAUGACUUCACCGUGUGCACAGAGACGUUCAAUGGAGUGAAGGAGACUUACGGUAACAUCAACCCAGCCAAAGAGGAGCGUAGGCACCUGGGAGAAGUGAAGAACGUGUGGGCUGAUUGGAUAAGAGCUGGAAUAAUUGGUGUGACGGAAAUGAAAAAUAAGUUUGGAACUGACUCACAUUAUGAGUGGAAAAAGCUUGUGACAGUGACUGUGCCCGGGGAAAUGACUCAUAAAUGA